GUAUGUUUAUUUUGGUUCGUCUCUUAAAGGGGACGUGCACUUUCCGAAGAAACGCCAAACGAAAUCCCCAUGAAAGCAUGACAAAAACAAAAUUAUACUCGUCGUAACGUUCAAUGCGGCAGAUCGAUGACAUUAGGAAAACUUUAGCAUCAAGUUGCAGGCUCUCAAACACUAUUCGGAGCCAUAAAUGGAUCUGAGUGAAAGAACAUACGAAGUUUUAUCAACUGGUAUCAAAUGUGGCGCAUACCUUGGAAGAAGCGGCCAAACGUAAAGAGGAAGAUGCUACAAAUGGCCCAAAAAUUCAUCAUGGUUGUUCAAUUCCUUCUUCGGCUAGUUAUAAUUCUUUUUGUCCUUGUUCUUUCAGCAUUUGAGCAUGCAGCUUAGCUAAAGCAACCAAGAUUUCCUCGUUUCCCAGUGCUUUCACUUUCGCUCUCAUGCCAAAGAUCGCUUAAAGGAGAAAUGCCACUAGUUUAUUCCAUUCCGCGCUUCUAACCCGCUCCCAAACGUAAACAACAAUAAUUUAUCAUUAUGCUCUUCAUUUUGACGCGCGGUUUGCUGUAAAUAUAAAGUUGAGUUGGAAGUGUUUCAUUCAAUUCGCCACAUUCAAUAUGGCGACUGUGUGUACGUUCUACGCACACACCGCCUACCGCAGACGAUGGUCACGUGAAUUCUAAGAAAUCAAGGAGAUGUAGUAACACUUUCUACCAGGGCGUCGCUAUUUCACCAUAAAUAAUAAGCUAAAUAAAAAAUGAAAAUUGCAGCAGAUGAACCCUUCUUCCUCCUACUUAUACGUCCUUCUAUAUCUUUUGUCCUCACUCACAUCCUCUCCUCUUCAUCAUUCAUACUAACACGUUCUUUCCAUCUUUGUCUCUCUCAUACAUUCCCUCCAUUGUUGCUGUUUUCUUUCCCUUAUUUUCCUUAUUAUAUUAUUUACCUUUUUUAUCCACGCUCCCCAUCUUUGGUUCCUCCCAUCUUUUCCACACAUUCUCCUCUUUUUUCCUCAUUCUGUCCAUCUUUGCUUAUUUCAGUUUUUCUUCUUAUACAUUCUGCAUCAGGAUCACAAGUUUGAGACCCCUGGCCUAUAUGUAAUAAAACAUUUAGACAAAAAAAAAACAUAAUUAGUGCAUGAAAGUGUUAAUAGUCUUUUUUAUAUACAAGUGUCUGUACAAAGAUCAAGUACUUUGGCCACAUCUGAUUUAUAUAAAACAGUGAAUGAGGCUUGUUGCACAAAGACAAUGAAACAGUUGAGAUGAAGUUUCACUUUCGAGUUCAAACCCGUUGGACUGUGGACUCUCAUUUCAUUUUCAUGUGAACUCGUCUUGAGGACAAACGAGAAAGCAGCGAGGCUCGGUUGAACCAUGUUGGACCAGUCAGCUGGACAUUCGGAGGAGGUCAAAACAGGGACAACAAUCAUCGCCAUAGAAUUCGAUGGCGGGGUCGUGCUGGGCUCGGACUCGCGGGUGACUGCAGGCCAGUCCGUAGUGAACCGCGUGAUGAACAAACUCUCGCCCCUCCGGCCCAAGAUUUACUCCGCUUUGUCCGGCUCUGCAGCGGACGCUGAGGCCAUGGCCGAUCAUCUCCGAUAUCAGCUACAGCUUCACUGCUUAGAGAUCGAGGAGGAGCCAAGGGUGGGGGCUGUCGCCACUCUGGUCAAGAGCAUCUCGUACAGGUACAGGGACGAAAUGGCGGCUCAUCUCAUCGUGGCCGGCUGGGACCGAAGAGGAGGCGGGCAGGUGUUUUCCACUCUCAGCGGCGCCCUAUUGCGACAACCCUUUGCCGUAGGUGGCUCGGGCAGCCUUUACGUGUACGGCUAUGUGGACGCUGCGUACCGUUCCGGCAUGAGCAGAGAUGAAUGCCAGCAGUUUGUUCUUAACACCCUGGCGUUGGCCAUCAACAGGGAUGGCUCCAGUGGAGGGGUGGCCUACAUCAUCACCAUUGACCAGCACGGUGCGGAGGAAAAGGUGGUGUUGGAGGGUGACUUACCCAACUUCUAUAACAAGUGAAGGAGCUGGCUUUGGUGUCAAAAAGAUCACACCAUUCAUCUUUAAAAAGAAAUACUGUACUAUGGAGAAUAAAAUUUUAUACGUCUUGUAUGCAAGUAGUUGUUUGUCAGUGUUUCCAACACAUGUGAAAUCAUUUGAUCGCU